CCGCUAAUCAACACUAACAGUAGUCCGGAGAACUAGAAACUUAUCAUAAUUCAAUGAGCUUCAUUGUGGGCCUAUUGCUGGCCACAAUAACCUGUAUUCGUACCUCGCCAAUUCACUACGAAGUAGCCCCGUUACGUACGAAGAGAGACAACGAAAACGUUACGACGACAAUGGCUACCUUCACUGUGGAACGACUCGACGCGCCUAUCGAGAGAAUCGAGAUCCGGCUCAUCGACGAGAACUCGACGAACACCGUGCUCGAGCAGCCGCCAGCUGCUGACCUCGGCCACGACGGCGCCGCGUCCACUCAACUGGACGGAUCGGCCACCGCGAACUCGAUUGAUACGAAUGUUGUCGGAUCAGCUGAUCAGUACGAUGUGAGGUACAAAAAGGUUGAGUACGUAAGUGAUGUCAUUUUGACUCGUCAGGAUGAGACGCCGACGGAGUUAACGCCGAAGCCCGACCAUGCCGACGAUACCGAAGACAAUACCGUACGUGGUGAAUAUGCGCACGACGAGGCGACAGCUGCUGCAAACUUCCCCAGACCUGAGCCGAGGACAUGGAUGGUUACCCAGAACCCUGCAGUAGACGAUGAUAUAGAUGUGCUCCCACCCGAAGCUGAAGAAAAUAGCUCAGACGACGAGUACGAACCUGUGGAGGAAUGCUUACUAAAUCGAGCUGAACUACCGCUAAAGACUGUCCAACGACUAACCGAGCAGGCCAGAAAACUGGGCAAGCUGAUCAGGACAAGAAACAGGCUGCAGCAGCAGUACUGCAUCAACCGCGAACAGCCACAGCUCAAUGAUGAGUUCAGGCUCUGCCCAAUUUGGCGUAAUGAGAAGAAAGUGCACAACUACCAGCUGAUGCGCAUCAAGUACUGUGCCGAUUACAGCAAAUGGCCAAAUGCUUCAAAACUGAUGAGUACCUAUGGUGACAACCUCAACUUGUACGAAACACUCUACGCCUUCCAAAAGCCAUGAGGUGUAUUUCACGAUUUUGUCAUUUAUGUGCCUAAUAGUUACGCGACAGAUCGCACUGAUGAUCCUCAUAAGGUAGUUUGAGCAACAGUAACGUAAACUAUGAAAUCUCAUUACUUGCUACUCCACAAACCCAUGUCAUACGCAAUUUGCUCGUUUCGGGUAGCCGACACUUGCCUGAACUGCGAACUGUAUAGCUUUUUUCGAGAAAAAUCUUUACGGGUAGUAGACCACAGCCAAACUUCCGAUUUCAAUAUUGUAUGACUUGCCCUUAGAUUCGUGAAUCAGGACCAAUUCUUCAACCAAAGCCAGUAUUUAUCUUUCAUAUUUUAUAGGAUUUUGCAAGCUUAACGUACACAUUGCGAUUUUAUUACCUCAUCGUGAUAAAUAUAC